UUGUGCUUGAUAGUGGCUAUCCACAGAGUGUUCUUCAAGAGAUGACAGAGGAAAAAGAGCAGGAGGACUUUGGAAUGCAUAACUUUUGUUUGCCAAUUAGAAAGCAGAGAGGGGUAAACUUACUAGAAGCAGAAGUAGAGUACAAUUCCCAUCUUGGAUCAUUCCGUUUAAUGGUAGAAAACAUAUUUGGAGAACUAGGAACAACAUUCAAAAGGUUGUCAAAUAAGGAGAUUGUUUGAGUAAAGAAUAA